AUGACAAGGCCGGCCCUUGCUCGCAGGUUUCCCGUGGGCGGCUUUGAGAAUCUCUCUGUACUGGAGCCGAUCGAAGAGGAGACCAUCCCAGACUACAAGGCCGACAGAUUUUACCCUGUCCGAAUAGGCGAGGUGUUCAAGUCUCGAUAUCAGGUCGUUGCCAAACUCGGCUUUGGUACCGCAGAAGGACCUCUUCUGACCCUGAAGGUCUGCAUUGGGGAGCAAGAUGCAACGGAGGUGAAUAAUGAAGUUGUCAUAUCCCAGCAUAUCAAAGCCAUCGACGCCGAGCACCCUGGAAAGCAAUUAUUACGUUUAACAUUGGAUGAUUUCAAAAUUAACGGUCCGCAUGGAACUCAUCAAUGCUUAGUCUUUCAUCCUCUGGGUAUGAGCUUCAGCAAAUUUCGGAACUUAUUUCCAGAGAAUGGGUUGAACAAAGAAUUGUUGCAGCAGACCUUGCAGUUGGUUCUUCUCGGUCUCGACUUCUUGCACCAGGCUGGUGUCGUGCACACGGAUAUAUCGCCCAAUAACAUCCUGCUGGGGGUCGGGGAUAUGUCGAUAUUUUCAGAAAUCGAGCAAAGUGAGCUUGAGCACCCAUCUCCUCGUAAAGUCCUUCCAGACCGUGUGAUCUAUCUUUCUCGGCCACUGCCCAUCACCUACGGUCCACUAGCUAUCUGUGAUUUUGGCGCCGCCAGGCUAGGGGAUCGAUUCCAAGGUGAUGUCAUGCCUGGCGUUUAUCGCGCCCCAGAGAUCAUUAUGGGUAUGGACUGGGAUUCUAAGAUAGAUAUAUGGUCUGUUGGAGUUAGGAUUUGGGAUUUGUUUGAAGGUGGCCGGCUGUUUCGUGCGGUGAAAGACGGCAACCUUGAUGAUGAGCAGCACCUUGCCGAGAUGGUUUCUCUCAUAGGUAAUCCACCAAUACAGUUUCUAGAACGGAGCGAAAAAUGCCGCCGAUACUGGGAUGCAGAGGGUAAUUGGAUUGCUGCAACGUCGAUCCCCGAACAAUCCUUCGAAAUGCGCGAGAGACGGCUCAAGGGCAAGGACCAAGAGCUAUUGCUUGCCUUCGUUCGGAAGAUUUUGUGUUGGCUCCCAGAAGAUAGGCCCUCCGCAGAAGAUAUCUUUGAGGACGAGUUUCUGGUACAGCGCGGUACUUAA